AUUUCCCAACUGGGGGAUCGACUAUAUAAUGCUCCCAAUAUGCCCCGUAUAUUGACUAGUCUGUAGGGUUUUAUUUUCUCCAUUUAUUAUUUAAGUGUCCCCCAAGACUCACACUCUCCUUAUUCAUUCAAUUUUUUUUUUUGGUAUUUACUCAUUCACAUACACACACACACACAACAUACCAUGGCCCUUUUAUACAUAGUCAAACUUAUCUUUAAUUCUUCCAAUACUCCACAGCCGACACCGGCCCAACGAGGGAAAACUUUAAAGGGAAAGCCUCAAGAUCUUGCCCCACAUGUACAUAACGAUAUUGUGAUUAUAAAACAGCAACUAAAACAAUAUGAAACGUCUUUCUACGCCAAAAUAUUCAAGCUCGUCGAGUCAAACCAUUUAAGACAACAGAAAUCAUUGCAAAUUAAGUAUCCUAAUGCUAACGAUGCUCAAUACCAUCAGGCAUUAUUCAACAUGUACAAGUCCCACUUACAAGAGUAUAUUGACUUGCUCGACUUGUUUAAGAAUAACUACACGAAAACAUUAUACUCAGAUGUGCUUGCCAAAAAGCAAGACGGGGUAAUAUACUCCGACUGCAUCUCGCUUAUCAAUGAAAAAGUGGCCGCGGGAAUCAAAGACAAAUUUGACAAAUUGGUCGAUGAUGCGCCCGAGCAUUUGUUAGAUCCAAUUUCACUUUGCUUAUUUGAAGAUCCCGUGAUUACUCCUAGCGGCAUCACCUAUGAGAAAUGCCACUUAUUGGCACAUUUACACAAGAGGGGAAACUAUGAUCCCUUGACCAGAGAACCGUUAUUUGAGGACCAAUUGUACCCCAACUUGAUUGUCAAGGAUUCGGUAGAGGAAUAUAAGAAAAGUUUAGCGGUGUAACGAAAUAGUUUUUUUUUUUUUAGAUCUUAUGUUGUUUGGUUUACUUAUGUC